UGGUACACUGCAAUGUCAUGUCAAAUUUGAUAUUUUAUUUUAUUUUUUAAACUAAUAUGAUGAGGAAUAUCUUCUGACAAUACUUUUCAACCAGAAUGUGAGACAAAGUGAAGCCUUAGAUGAAAUCAACAAGGUGUUGAAAGUAGUGUGUGAAGAUCAUGAUUUACCUUUGGCUCAAGCAUGGGUCCUGUGCGAGUGUACAUGCAGGGCUCUGGUUAAGGGUGACAUUUUCCAUGUGAUUCGCAAUUGCAAUAAUGGAAUUGAGUACUACAAAUUCUUGGCGGUCAACAGAGUAUCUCACUUAAGAAAGUGGCAAGGAGUUGUUGGGAGAGCAUUCUCGUCCCCUGAUGUAUUAUUUUGCAAGGAUGUAACCCAACUUAGCAUAAUUAACUACCCAUUGGCACACUUUGCACGGGAUGAAGAAUUAGGUGGUUGUUUCGCAAUAUGCUUGCAAAGUAGUUGCAUUGGAAAUGACAUUUACGUGUUAGAGUGCUUUAUGCCGCCAAGCAACAAAGACUAUGGUAAUCAACAGACUGCAUUGAGGAAAAUAUUGGAAACAAUGAAGAAAAAUUUCCAAACUUUUAAGCUUGCUUCUGGAGAAGAACUUGGGGAACAUUUAUAUAUAGCAGAAAUUCAUUUUCAGAAUGGUGAGAAAUUUGAUUCUGUUCAAAUGUCCCAGACUACUAAAUCUUUGCCUAGGCUGGAGCCCUUACAAAGUGGAGGAGAGAUGACACAACUAGAUUUAUCGAAUCAACAAUCAAUGGAUGCGUUAAAUAAUGAAAGCAAUGUUGUAAGUGCGGAAAGAAGCAACAUUGAUGUUACUUGUUCACAGGAAAAAGGCAAAACCAAGAGGCCAAAAAGAGUGCACAAUAAAAGGGGAGUUAAAAUUGAAAUUCCUCUAGAUGAUAUCUUACAAAAUUCAAAAAAGAGCAUCCAGGCUGCUGCAGAUAACCUCAAAGUUAGCCGAUCUACACUAAAGCGUGUUUGUAGGGGUUAUGGUGUCCCAAGUUGGCCACCAUGCAAGAAGAAUAUGGUUGGUUCCUUUCAACCUAGUGAAUCUUCCCCGGGUGUUGAUCAUCAACAAAUACCACAAUUAAGUUUUGAUCUGCCUUUCAAUCAAGCCUCAACUACUGUUGUUCACGCAAACGCACAUAAUAUAGCAAUCGAAGAUGCAAAUAGUGUGACCAUAAGGGCAAAAUAUAUAAAUGAUAUUACAAUAAGGUUUCGGCUGUCUUUGUCAUCAGGACUGGUUGAGUUGCAACAACAAAUAGCCAAGAGGCUGCGCUUAGAAGCUAGAAGUUAUUAUGUCAAGUAUAAAGAUGAGGAAGAUCACGUGAUUUUAAUAGCUUGCGAUGACGACUUGCAGGAUUGUAUUAGCACUUACAAAUUGCUGGGAACUUCCAUCGUGGUAUUGAUUGAUCCAAAGUAGUCAAUUACCACUGAUCAACUUGAAUCAUCUCAGUUUUUUUUGUUGCUGCUAUAUUUUUUUUUGUUCUAUCUUUUGAUUCUUGAGAUAGUUGUUGGACUAUCAUGCCUUGUUUCCUCUGUUUCAGGAACGUUGGGAGUGUUUUGGGUUUUUUUUGGUUUCCUCUUGGCAGUUGGAUUCUGGCCAACUAUUUCAUUCUCCCCUUUUGUAAUGUUGUAUUAGCAUUAAUAAAAUGUUACUUUCUUUGCUGAU